ACUUAACAGCUGUCACUGUCAAAUGAAGCAAGCAAAAUAGCGUUCGUAUUUUUGUUGAUUUGAUUGUAUUUUUCAGAACAAAAUAUAGUAUAAAAAAAUAUGGCAGAAGGCACGGAAAAGGUGGAAAGUGGAUCAGACGCACGGAGACGAAUACUUACUAUAGCAGUAUCCACAGUUUUACUGGAAAAUGGCUUUGAAUCUACUGACAAAAUGGCACUAGAAACCCUUACAGAAAUGCUUCAAUGUUUUUUGUGCGAAGUUGGAAAUUCAGCCAAAAACUACUGUGAACUAUCAGGCAGAGUGGAGCCAAUGCUGGGUGAUGUGAUCAUGGCCUUAGUAAAUAUGGGUAUCAGCUUACAAGGCUUGGAACAGUAUGCAGCUCGUCCAAACAGACAUGUGAUCCAGCCACCACAGCAGGCUCCCGCUCCACGGACACCAGCAAUGUUAUCAGCGGGAUCCAAAGCCAAGCCUGCUCCUCAUAUACCAUUCCACCUGCCACCAUUACCUGAUCCACACGCUUAUAUUAGGACACCUACUCAUAAACAGCCAGUAACCGAAUAUGAAGCCAUUAGAGAGAAAGCGGCCUCACAGAAGAGGGACAUUGAGAGAGCACUGACAAAGUUCCUGGCAAAGACUAGUGAAACACACAACUUAUUUAACACAGAGGAUAACCAGGUCUUCCCAUUAAUAGCUUGCAAGCCAACAUUUCCUGCAUACUUACCAUGUCUGUUACCAACAGAUCAAGUAUUUGACUUUGAUGAAUUAGAAUAUCACUUCCAAGUUGCUAAUAGAACUGAAGAUAUGCCAGCUGAUAAAAAAGAACAAUCAGACAAUGAAGGAGACAACAUGGUUGACGGAGACAACCCAAGUAGUUCACAAAUGGACAACCCUGAUGCAAGUAUGGCAUCCAGCCCAGACCGAGGCAAAUCUGGCGGAUAAUUUAUACAAGAAAUUACAAAAUUUAAGAUUAAGGACAUAUUAGUAUUUAAAUAAAAUACAAUUUAAGACA